AUGGGCUGCAGCUUUCAACAACUCCCGGUAGACCAUCCUACGAUUCAAGAGAUGCCUAUUUCUUUCGAGGGCUUUGGGGAGGCACUUUACUGCGCCAAUGCCGAUGAUGUUGAGCUCUUCUUUAUCAAAAAUUCGGCACAUAGAACCGGCGCUACCCUUUCUCUUGCUUUAUUUUCAUGGUCAGCUCUAUCGAAGGAAAAGGACAGAAUAGACGAAUCUCGGAGGGCUGAGGAAGAUAAGAAAGUAAUUAUGGAGAGACAAGAGAGGUGGGAUCAGAUGACAUGGAUUGAGAGGUUCCUUAAAGCGGCUAUAACAGAUGUAGGUGUUCCAUUUCCUAUAAAAGUUUUGCUCAAACUACUAACCCCAGAAUUUAAUAAACUAAAAAGACUGUAG